CUCUCCUUUGCACGUUGACAUGGAUGCUGUUGUUGAUUAUCAUCGCCGACGUAUUAAGGCGUUACUACGCACAACACAAGUUCCAAAUACGGAUGCGGGAUCACACGUCGAUCAUGUAGUGGCAGCUAUCAGGACAUUCCGAAUCCCAGAGCUAUGUCGAUUAAUCCUCGAAUGUACUCCGAAGAGAUAUUGGACAAUACUUUGUUUGGUCUCCAAGGAUUUUUUGCAAGGAGUUCAACCUCUCAUCUGGAAAGCACUUUCCUGCAACAAACGCACAGAUGUCGAAAAGAUUCACCUUCACGUCUACAAAUAUGCUGAACUAGUGAAAGUACUCGAUCUUUCUGACCUACGGCAACCCGAGCUAUCGAUGAUGCUUCAACCGUUCCUUGAAGUGGCUGUAUACCGAGUGUUAGGGAUCGUAUCAUUAAAGUUACAUGAUACAGAGUUGACCACACCACAGCUUGUGCAUAUUCUAGUAUAUCUCCCCAGUUUGCGCACGAUUGACAUCACUGCUUGUCUAUUGGACCAACACCCCUUGAAUAUUCUUUCAAGAAACAUACAUCUCGAAUCCAUUGCUUUCACUCACGACAUUAUGCAACCUCAUGGCAAAGAACUUGAAGCAGACAUCUUUCAGACUUGGAAGAAUCUUAGGCACUUAAGCAUCAAGGGAUCUGCCUCAAACGAGACAAUGACAUCUAAUAUCUUUUUUCAAGAAAGACUCCAUACAGCUAGCCUACAUCUAAUAUCCCUUAAACUUGCUGAAAUGAAUGGCUGGACGCAUUCAAUGCUUGCCAGAGUUCUUCAAAAUGGCCAAAUGCUGACGAGGCUAUGUCUAGCAGAAUGCGACGUUCAAGGCGGUAGUUUGGUGAGCUUGUCCUCCCACCUUGGGGCUCUACAGACAUUAGAGAUAAAGAAUUGCCCACGGAUCUAUUCGGCCCACUGCACUUCACUCUUAAAAGCAUGCCCUCGUAUCCGACAUGUUGACUUUUCAAUGCAGUCACUUGGUUCCGAUAUAUUUUAUCACCUCGCACGUAAUGCCCCUGCAUUGACAUCGCUAAUCUUGCGAGGAUGCGCGUUCAAGGCUGUAGAUCUGAAGCAGGUUAUGGAUCAUUGUGCUCACCUCCAACGGUUGGUCAUAGAAGUCUUGCCAGGAGUAGGAUUGUUAGGUGAUUUAUUUGGGGGCCAGUCAUGGGGUUGCUUAGACAUCCAAGAGAUUUUUAUCUCAAGUGUAAGAUGGCCACCCUUUAGUUUCACAGCUGAACAUUCUAAAGCUGUGGCUUUGAUGAAUAUGUGGACCAUGAUCUCAAAGCUACGACAUCUGCGUAUUUUAAGUCUGACCGAUAUAGGUGGCGAACCGCGCUUUUCCAUGAACGACGGUCUGUCUCAGUUGGCAAAGCUGGAAAAGUUGGCGCUGACAGACAUCGGACCGUGGAAAUAUACUGACGUCCUCUUGAUUGCCGAGGCGUUCCCUUGGCUAGAAGAGUUCAGGUACUCGGCUAGAGAUAUGAGCACUGAUCUCUGGGCAUGGUUCAAACGCAACCGUCCUGAUGUGAAAUUGAUUGGGGACCCGCUUCCAAAGCGAUGCAGACUGGAAACACCCGUAAACCAUCACCAUUAGCAAUUGAUGAUGUACUUCAUUCCCACACUUAAAUUUCCCUGCACCUUACACACUCUCAUAGUCAUUUGACCUGUCCAACAACAUGGAACAUCAUACUUCUGAAUCCAAAGAAUCCCAGGGUCAGGUAAGCGCUGGCACUGCUAUCCUCUCAUCCAGCGCAAAGCUCCUCCAGAGCUUCAACCCGCUCGGUGGUAUCUGUGAAUCUCUUUGCGGAC